AUGACAGUCACCGUCGGGGAGGAACUCAGCAUCUACUUGGCAGCCUCUCAACAUGCGGUUAGCUCCGUCCUUAUCAGGGAAGCUGGCGAACAGCUCCCCGUCUACUACACCAGCCAUGUCCUGAACGAGCCCGAGGAGCGAUACCCCCCAAUCGAGAAGCUCGCCCUCGCGCUCGUGUUGGCGGCCAGAAAGUUACGCCCCUACUUCCAAGCUCAUCCGAUCAAGCUCAGGGAGUUCGACAUCCGCUACGCACCCAGGACCGCCAUUAAAGCGCAGGUGCUAGCCGACUUCAUCGCUGAGCUCGUCCACGCUGAAGGGCAGCCUCCCAAUGAACUAGGCGGAACAUGGGUCCUACAGGUAGACGGCUCGUCCAGAUCAACGGGGGCCGGCGCAGGACUCGUGCUAUCCGCCCCCGAUGGGCUGACGUUCGAGCGUUCCCUCCGCUUCGGGUUCCGUGCUACCAACAACGAAGCAGAGUACGAAGCACUCCUGGCGGGGCUCCGACUAUCCCGCGAGAUGCAGGUCAACGCCAUCGAAGUCCUUACCGAUUCGCAAUUGGUGUUCGAGCAGCUUAACGGCGGAUACGAGGCCAGAGAACCCACCAUGGCAAAAUACGUAGCAGAGGUAAAAAACCUAGCCUCCUAUUUCGCACACUUCACGGUAUCCAGGGUGCCAAGAAAUCAGAACGACCGAGCCGAUGAGCUGGCCAAGCUAGCCUCGAAGCGACCCCCGGGCACCGCCCUCAGAAUCAAGGAGCUCCCCUCCCGCUCUAUCCCGGUCUCGUGUGUGUCCGCGGCCGACACCCGAGCCACCUGGGUUGGGGACAUGCUGCGCUACAAACGCGACGGGACCCUCCCCACCGACGAAGCCGCGGCUCGACGUAUCCGCCGAAACCAGGCAUGGUACUCCGAAAUGAACGGACGACUGUACAAGCGGUCUUUCUCCCACCCUCUUCUGCAGUGCCUCGAACCAGAAGAGGCAGCAACAGUCUUGGCCGAGGUCCACGAAGGGAUUUGCGGGGAGCACAUCGCCGGCCGAACCCUGGCCUGCAAAAUUCUCCGCCAAGGCUAUUACUGGCCCACCAUGGUCCAGGAUGCGAAACCCUACGUACAGAAGUGCGGCCCGUGCCAAAGGCACGCCCGGACCCCCCAACUGCCGGCGGUGCCGCUCUCCCCCAUCAGUUGCGCGUGGCCGUUCGCGCAAUGGGGGCUGGAUCUCCUCGACCCCUUCCCCCCAGCCUCGGGGCAGAGAAGAUAUAUUGUGGUCGCAAUAGACUACUUCACCAGAUGGCCGAAAGCUGAACCGCUGGCGACGAUCACCGAGUAG